UCUUCGCGUUCUUAGCCCCGAAACUCUCAAACGAGAAGCUUCAAGCUUUCUUCAUCAAAGCUUUUUACUUGGGAACAUCAACAUGUUUGCAGGGCCAAUUAUGGGGCAUUUACUAUUGUUACUGUAUCCAGUCUACUGAAUCUCACUAUGCUGAUUUGAAAAGCAAGGUUCUGUCAAAUGCCAUCAAGGCAUUCAAUUCUCUUAGGAUCAGAGUUGGAGGUUCAUUGGAAGAUCAGGUAGUGUACAAUGUUGGAAAUGCAGCUAAAGAAGAAUGCCCUGAGUUUACAAAAACCAGUGGUCUAUUUGGAUUUAGCAAUGGUUGCCUUCCCCAGAAGAGAUGGGACGAGCUCAAUCACUUAUUUAACGAAACAGGAGCAAAAAUGACCUUUGGGUUGAAUGCCCUUUAUGGAAGGAAACAGUCCCAAGAAGACAAAGUGCUUUGGGUAGGUAAAUGGAACCCUCAAAAUGCCCGUGAGCUUAUGGAGUACACUAUAUCAAAAGGAUACACGAUUGAUUCCUACGAACUUGGAAAUGAACUCUGUGGGUCUGGAAUCGCAGCAAGGGUGGAAAGUGAACAAUAUGGGAAGGACAUGAUUGAGCUGAAGAAUCUAGUGAAAGAAUUGUACCCGGAUGCCUCUAGAAGACCAAAGGUGUUAGGUCCUGGUGGUUUUUAUGAUGAAAAAUGGUUUAAUACCUUCCUACAGGUCUCGGGGCCAGAUGUAGUUGAUGGUUUGACACAUCACAUCUACAAUCUUGGUGCAGGUGUUGACCGCAAUCUUAUCAACAAUAUUCAAGAUCCAUACUAUCUGAACCAGAUUGCACAGACAUAUGCUGAUGUCUCCAAGUCUAUCAAGGACUUUGGACCAUGGGCAGGCGCAUGGGUUGGGGAAUCAGGUGGAGCUUAUAAUAGCGGUGGCAAAAAUGUUUCACAUACCUUUGUUGAUGGUUUCUGGUAUUUGGACCAACUUGGCAUGACAUCAACCUUCGACCAUAAGGUUUUCUGCAGACAAACUUUAGUUGGGGGGAACUAUGGUCUUCUUAGUAAAGAAACAUUUAUUCCCAAUCCAGAUUAUUAUGGUGCGCUUCUGUGGCAUCGGUUAAUGGGAAAGAAAGUGCUGUCUACUAAACACCAAGGCUCUCCAUAUUUACGGGCUUAUUCUCAUUGUUCAAGAAAUCAUCCGGGCGUUACUCUACUUUUGAUCAACAUGUCAAACUCUACCUAUUUCGACGUCUCAAUUGAGAACGAUUUCAAUCUGUAUCCAGAGCAAGUUGGGGGUUCAAUACAAAGAGAAGAAUACCAUUUGACUCCCAAAGAUGGUGAUAUUCAAAGUGAUGUGGUUCUACUGAAUGGAACACCUCUGAAGCUGACUGAUUCACUGGAUAUCCCUAGUUUGGAGCCAGUUCUCGUUGAUAGUUCAUCCUCAAUAAGGGUUGUGCCUGAUUCUUUUGUAUUUGUGGUUCUUAAGGAUUUUAAGGCUGCUACAUGUGCUUAGAGAUCCUUAAUUGCCAUAUGUGCUGUUGUUAAAGAAUUCAAUUAAAUUUAAUCAAACUUGCAAGCACACGAAUUUACUGUUAAUU